AUGAACACCUUCCUGCUCUGCGGGCUGUGCCUCCUCGGGGUCUGGGCCGCCCUGGCGGAGGGGGUCACCGUGCAGGAUGGGGCGCUCUCCUUUCCUCUGGAGGCCGUGAAGAGGCUGAAAGACCUCGCGGAGCUCCCGCAGCCCAGGCUCGCAAGCCCUCUCCGGAAGCUGGCACCCCGGCCUCGUGAAUCUGCGGUUCCCAGCGCCUGUAGAAACCAGAACUUUCCAGAAGCGCUCAAGCCUCUCUGCAAGGAGCCCAACGCAGGCCAGAUCCUCCAGCGGCUGGAGGCCAUCGCGCAGGACCCGAGUACGUGUGAGAUCUGUGCCUACGCCGCCUGUACCGGAUGCUAG